AUAAUAUUUAUUGUAAUUAAAAAUGAAUAUUUAAUUCAUAGAAUAUGUUAUUAUUAGGAUAGUCGAUAGUGAUAAUAGGAUAUUUUGCAUGUGCAACAUAGUUGAAUACACGAAUCUACGAAUCUUUGGGAUAACUGUUCCAUAACUUCUGAAUAAAGGCUCAAGCUUUAAUGUAUAGGACUUAACCUAAAUUUUAAACUCAAACUAUGAAUUGUAAGUCGUUGGGAACAAUUAAUUGAAUUGAUUUAGUUGGCAAGCAGUAUGAAAAUACAAUUGCCGAGUUUUGUGGAUCAUGGGAGACAAAGAGCAUCAUGUACAUUUUAGUGGCGGGAGUGGACUUGGAAAGGAUAACAACAUUAUGAUACAACCACAACGACAUGGCCAAAUAGAUGCCCAUUUAGGAUUUCUGCAACUGCAUCACAGAUAUCAUAUCGAGUUUUCAGUGCCAUGGAAUACAUGUAUUCAUCUGGGAGGAGAAACCGUGGCACCAGCAAUAAUUGCAGGGAAUCAAAAUUCAAAUUGCCACAUUAUUGAUUUUGCACAAGAUAAAGAUGGCUUAAAAUUAAAGGUGGAACUAUUGGCUUACAAAGAGAAAAUAUUAAAGGAAAAUAUUGAAGUAAUGUGUUGCCAAUCUGGUACACCUUUAAAGAUUGUGUUAAAUGCACGUGUUUUGGCAAAGGAUAAGGGUACACCAUUGUUGAGAAAUGGCAUACGUAGCAUUGCCAUAGAAGGAGUGGACCAAGACGAAGUCUCUGAAUAGAUAUGCUUAUUGAUUUAUCUCUUGAUAUAUUCGAAUGUUGAACUACUGAACAUGCUAAGGAGAAUCGUGAAGUCAAUGAUGGAAAAGUUAAACGAUGCACUAGCAUCGUCAAAGCAUUCCAGAAUAAAGCAAACAGAGCAAAGCUUAAAUGGUCAACGGAUUGGAUCGCUGCGAAAGACAAUUUGCUUACUGUUUGUGGUCUUAAGACUAUAUCGCACACGAGAUGCCUAAAAGUGCACACCACUUAUCGUUUGUUGAUUAUGUACAUGCAGAUUAUAAUGAGCGACUAAUAUUUUGUUAUCUUUUUAUAUCGAUUAUCAAUUUUCAACGAAGCUUCGCUUUCGCUAGAUGAACACAUUUAUAAACAAGGUACUUGUUUAAGUAAAACAUUUCUUAAUUGUUCAUCGAAGAAUCAAAAGAUGAGUCGAUCAUUCGAAUAAUAAACUAAAUGAUAAAAUCU